AUGCUACACAAACAAUCAGGUCCAGGUGGUGAAACAUGGAGAUGUAAUCUCACUGUUGACGGAUCAUUCACAGUAAACGUCCUCCGGAAAAAACUAGACCUCAACUCCACACUAAACCUGGAUCAGUUUACAUGGCUGAGGGAGAUCCCGAUUAAAAUCAAUUGUUUCAUUUGGAGGGCUAAAAUGGGCAAAAUACCUUCAACCUUGGGCCUUUUAUCCAGAGGGGUAGAUGUGGAAAAAAAAUUAUGCAGUCACUGUGAAGUAGUGGAAUGCGUAGACCAUGCAUUGGUGGGGUGUAAGUACGCGAGCACGGUUUUACAACUAGUGCUAAAAUGGUGUAGAGUUCCUCUUGUAGAACUCAAAACAGUACAUGAGGUGAUCACAUACGCUCAAGCAUUGUCCAACUGCUCCAAAAAAAAGAAGGUUGCUAAUGGGAAUCUGUGA